AUGUGCAUUAGACAGGAUGUGAAUGGGGAGGCAUUUGAAAGUGCCUCAGCAGAGAUUCCAAAAUUUUUCAUAUAUCUCACAUCCAAUCUCUACAUCGUGAUAUCUGUAGUAUGUGCAGCCACGUUCCUUGCCUUCGUUACAGCCGGGAAAUUAUUUGUAUGUACGUAUAAAAAAUUGUUUCGUCAAAAAAUAACGUUCCAGACGGACAAUCAGCAUCUCAGAGCAAAGAAGGUGUUUGAAAGUACUUAUGAAAUAAAUUUUUUUUUCUACAGAACCAUCUAUAGAGAAUGGCACGAGUUGUGCUUCAUGGAUCCGAGGAAGUUUUCCCUGUUGGUCUUCGCUGUCCUGCUUGCUUCCUACCUUCCAACGAAAGCAAUUAGAAGUCUGUUUGAAAUUUGUUUCUGUGAAGAAAACACAGUAGUUCGGGUUGGGUGUUUUAAGAAAAUAGAAGUUGUCAAUAGAACGGAUGUAGUAUCCAGACCUUCCAAAUGCCCAGAUGUGUGCUUCGAACAGAUGUUUAAAUAUAGCACCUACUUUAAAUCUAAAUGUCAAUGUGCACAUGACUUCGCCAUCAGAAUUCAGGUGAAAUUUAAGGAUUGUGAGAGGAGCAGAGGAGCUUAUAUACUCUAUGACGGUUAA